AUGGUUUGGCUUCCUCUCGUAUUCGCUUUUCUUUCCCUUCAAACCGUACUGUCUCUUACCGCUCCCAGUCUUUCCAGAGAUCUGCCAGCAGUAGAGGAUGAAAAGCUGCUUGCAUUGUGCAAUGCUGCAGAGCAAAAUACUUAUUUGGCUGUUCGCUUUGGGGACGACUAUUACACCACCUUCGAUUAUAACGUAUGCUACCCGUACAAGAUAGGAGAUAAGGUGGCGCAACAGGCAUUUUUCUGCAAAGCAGCUACUUGCUACAAUAAUGCGAACGAGGACUGUACAGGAGGAUCAAUCCCUCCCGCGCCUAUCAUCAUCCCAACGCGCAUAAGUCUACCCAAUACGGCUGAUUUUAUCCAUUUCCUUGGACAAGGCGCACUCUGCCACGCCAAUGCUCUGUCCUGA